UUCAAAUCCCUAAACCCCUAAUUCACUCCUUAUUCCUUAACCUACGAGUCUGCGACCAGCGAGACGGAGCAACCUCAACUCCUCAACCUGCGACUGCCGACGCUGAGUCUCUGACCGACGGGCUACGGCGGCGAACUCCGGUUCUCGGCCUCUCGGACCGCUGCUCCUCGCCUCCACUGGACCACUGCUACUGACCAGACGAACCUUAAAUUAGUUCAAUUUGUAACGAAAAGCUUAGUCUGUGGAUUGAAGAAAGAGAGGUGAAAGAUGCAGCACGAUGAGGUCAUAUGGCAAGUUAUCAGACACAAACACUGCAGCUUCAUGGCAAAACUUGAAACGGGGAUAUUUUGCCGGAAUCCAUAUAAUGUCACUGGCGUUUGCAACCGGAGCUCGUGCCCUCUUGCUAAUAGUCGCUAUGCCACAAUAAGGGAUCAUGAUGGAGUAUUUUAUUUAUACAUGAAAACAAUAGAAAGGGCUCACAUGCCAAACAAGUUGUGGGAAAGAGUUAAACUGCCCAGAAAUUAUGAAAAGGCUCUUGAAAUAAUCGAUAAACAUUUGACGUACUGGCCAAAGCUCCUUGUACACAAGACAAAACAAAGAUUAACUAAAAUGACUCAGAUGCGCAUACGGAUGAGGAAGCUUGCUUUAAAAACACGAGAGAAGAUAAUGACUACGCCUAGAAAAGAGAGGAAGAGAGAGGCUCGUAGAGAACAGAAGGCAGAACAAGCAGCUGUUCUUGAUAAGAGUAUAGAAAAGGAAUUGCUGGAACGCCUCAAAAGAGGAGUUUAUCCUGGCGAGAUAGUCAAUAUUAUCCCUGUUGCCAAGUACAAUGAAAUUCUUGAUAAAGAAGCCAUUGCCGAAGAGGAAGACGAAGAUGAAGAGGAACAUGAGAUAGAGUAUGUUGAAGGAUAUGAAGAAUUAGAAGAGGAGGAUGAUAUGGAAGAUUUUGGUGGUUUAGCAAUUGAGAAUGCUGGUGCAGCAGAUGAUGAUGAUGAGGUGGACAGUGAUGAUGAAGAGACUGUUGUAAUUCAUCGAAAGAGGAAUAAGAAAGAGUCUGGCUUAGGUUCAAGAAAGCAUGGGAGAGAUGAACCGAGUGUCAAAGCUAAGAAGAAAGCAAAAGUACUUGUGGAGGUUGAGCAUGAAGAUGGAGGUGAAAGACAAACUGCAGUCCAAUGAAAGAAUGUAUGUGUUUUUUAUAAUCAUCGUACUUGCCAGAAAUUAAGGUGGUUCGUAUCCAAGUUAUACCCAGUUGUUUGUCUGACUUUGUUGAGUAGCUAGCAAUAUGAUGGUUAGAAGAGUUGUCCCAGAAGAUGUAUCUGGUCAUUUUUGUUCUCUUCCAGUCUUCCAGAUAAUGAGAUUUUGUUCCCUUAGUUUCUGUUUAUUUUCAGUUUAGCUGAAGUUUAUUAGUAUUUGCUAAUUGUUUCCAUCCUUAUUGAUCAACGGAUUGAACAGAGAUCUUUCAGUUUCUUGAAUGCAAGUGUAAAAUGAGUUACUGAAAUAUGCUUACAAGGGAAUGAGGGUUGACACUCUUCAAUUA